CUAUAAAGCAGCUGUCGGUGUGGAGAUGGGGGAAAAAUUGAUGCAAAGGAUGCAGUGUUAGGCUGCGUUAUACAAGAAGCUCAUUUUUCAGCAGAAAACGAUUUCAAGCCAAAAGCGAGCUGCAUCCGGCUGAUUUGGUCGACUCAUUCGUGGAUUUCAGCGAAGCUCAGGAGCUCGGUGGACCUGUGCUUUGACGCUUCGUCCCAGCAACACCAGCAGUGACCCGCUGACCCCCCCCCUUUGGCCAUGGCUCCCUCGUUGGCCACAGCCUUCUCGCGCCGCUGGUGGAUGGCAGUGAGCGCAGUGCUGGAGAACCUGCUCUUCUCUGCCGUCCUGCUGGGCUGGAGCUCCCUGCUCAUCAUGCUGAAGUCGGAAGGCUUCUACUCCUACCUCUGCCAGGAGCCAGGGAACGGCUCAGGGCUGAACCAGUCGCAGGACGAGGUGCCUCAGCGCAUGAACAGCUGGCUCAUCUGCAAGGAGCAGGACGAGAUGCUGAACCUGGCCUUCACCGUCGGCUCCUUCCUGCUCAGCGCCAUCACGCUGCCCCUCGGCAUCGUCAUGGACAAGUACGGCCCGCGCAAGCUGCGGCUGCUCGGCAGCGCCAGCUUCGCCUGCUCCUGCAUCCUCAUCGCCUACGGUUCCAGCAAUCCACAGAGCCUGUCUGUGCUGAUCUUUAUCGCCCUGGCGCUCAACGGUUUUGGCGGCAUGUGUAUGACCUUCACAUCCCUCACGCUGCCCAACAUGUUCGGAGACCUUCGCUCCACUUUCAUCGCCCUGAUGAUUGGCUCCUAUGCCUCCUCAGCAGUCACCUUCCCAGGAAUCAAGGUGAUCUAUGACCUGGGAGUGACCUUCAUCACCAUCCUGCUGGUGUGGGCGGGCUGUGCUGGCCUCGUCUUCAUCAACUGCUUCUUCAACUGGCCUCUGGAGCCCUUCCCUGGACCCGAGGACAUGGACUACACUGUGAAGAUCAAGUUCAGCUGGCUGGGUUUCGACCACAAGAUCACUGGAAAGCAGUUCUACCGGCAGGUGACCACUGUGGGCCGUCGUCUGAGCGUGGGCAACUCCAUGAAGCAGAGUCCCAAAGAACUGGCGGCGCAGGAUGGCAACAAGCUGUGUCUGUCCACAGUGGACCUGGAGGUCAAGUGCCAGCCAGAGGAGGAAUCUCAGUCCUUCUUGCGCAGCAUCUUCAGCCCCAUCUUCAUGCUCAGCCUGAUCACCAUGUGUGUCACACAGCUGCGGCUCAUCUUUUACAUGGGGGCCAUGAACAGCAUCCUGGAGUCGCUGACGGAAGGCAACCUCAGCACAGGAGGGAGGAUGGAAAUUGUGAGCCUGUACUCCUCCAUCUUCGGCGUGCUGCAGCUCCUCUGCCUGCUGACGGCCCCCGUCAUCGGCUACGUCAUGGACUGGAAGCUGAAAGAGUGUGAGGACCACACGAAGUCCAGCCGGGAACCAGGAAGUCCCCCGCGCCGUGACCGGCAGAUCCAGAAGAUCACCAACGCCACACGUGCAUUUAUCUUCACCAACCUGCUGCUUGUGGGUUUUGGGGUCACCUGCCUGAUCCCCAACCUGCCCCUGCAGAUCGUGUCGUUUGUCCUGCACACUGUGGUCAGAGGGUUCAUCCACUCGGCCGUGGGGGGGCUGUACGCUGCAGUGUACCCUUCCUCCCAGUUCGGCAGCCUGACUGGGAUGCAGUCUCUGAUCAGUGCCCUCUUCGCCCUUCUCCAGCAGCCGCUCUUCAUGGCCAUGAUGGGCCCCCUUGAGGGAGACCCUCUCUGGGUGAGUAACACACACCUGCAGCCUGACCUUUGCUCCAUGUACUUUUUUAGGGAGACAUGGUGA